AUAUAACCUAGAAGAAUGAAUGAACUAAAGCAGUAUGGAAUUAUAUAUAAACAUAAUAAUAUUAAUUACAAUAUUGUGGCAACAAACAAAAUACAUGAAUUAUCUUAAACAGCAAAAUGAGUCAUUUGAAACAGUCGUAUAAAAAUAUAAAAAAAUAACAAUAAAAAAAACAAGUACAAGUCACUGUCAAAUUACCUGGAAAUGGUACAAGACAAUGGAAAAUCUGUUUAAAGAAGGUCGAAUAGUAGGUGCUAUGUUGCCCUCUAUGAUAAAUAGCGUAAAUAAUUUGGAAGGUUCCACUUCAAUUUCAUCAAUAUCAAUUGAAGGUGACGAACAUAUAAAUGUCCACUCGGAUAUUAAUAAUAUAAACUCAUGUAACACGAUAGGAAUACAAAAAGAAGUGAAUGGUCGAUGUCCAAUUACCUGGAAAUGGUACAACACAAUGGAGGAUCUAUUUAAAGAAGAUCAAGCCAUAAACGUAGGUGCUACAUUGUCUUCUAUGAUAAAUAACAUAAAUAAUUUGGAAGGUUUUACUUCAAUUCCACCUACAUCAAUUCCAAAUGAUGAACAUAUAAAUCCUGUCUACUCAGAUAUAGAUAAUAUAAACUUAUGUGAAGCGAUAGGAAUACAAAAAGAAGUGAAUGAUAUUAAUAUUGAAAAUUUUGCAUGGACCAAUCAAACCACCAAAUUACUUUUACAAAAGUAUAAUGAUAGAAAGAGUAAAUUUCGUGAUCCUAAAAUUAAGAAGAAGUUAUUAUGGAUGGAGAUUGUAGAAGAGUUUAAAAUUAAAGGUUAUAAUGUUAAUGAAGCUAUUGUAGAUCGUAAAAUGAGAAAUUUGAAACAGUCGUAUAAAAGUAUAAAGGACAAUAACAAAAAAACUAGUCGCAAUCGAAUUACUUGGAAAUGGUAUGACACAAUGGAGGAUCUAUUUAAUGAAGAUCGAACUAUGAAUGUAGGUGCUACAUUGUCCUUUGUGAUAAAUAGUGUAAAUAUUAAAGAAGAUUCUACAUCAAUUUUACCAACAUCACCUGAAGAUGAUGUACAUAUAAAUACUAUUCAUGCAAGUAUUGAUAAUAUAAAUUCAUGUGAAACAAUAGGAAUACAGAAAGAAGUGAAUGAUAUGAAUAUUGAAAAUUUUGCAUGGACGAAUCAAACCACCAAAUUACUUUUACAAAAAUAUAAUGAUAGGAAAAGUAAAUUUCGUGACCCUAAAAUUAAGAAAAAGUUGUUAUGGAUGGAAAUUGUAGAGGAAUUUAAAAUUAAAGGUUAUAAUGUUAAUGGUGCUAUCCUAGACCGCAAAAUGAGAAAUUUAAAACAGUCAUAUAAAAGUAUAAGAGAUAAAAAGAAAACAAGCACAGGUCACUCUCGAAUUACUUGGAAAUGGUAUGACACAAUGGAUGAUCUAUUUAAAGAAGAUCAAACCAUAAACGUAGGUGUUACGUUAUCCUCCAUGAUAAAUAGUAUAAUUAAUCAAGAAGGUUCCACUUCAAUUCCAUCAACAUCAAUUGAAGAUGAUGAACAUAUAAAUACUGUCUAUUCGGAUACUAAUGCUGCACAGUCCAAAAUGACAGAAAAUUUUACAGAAAAUAGAACUUCAAUAAGGUGUGUAAAAGAAUUUAUAAAAGGUAACUUAUAUAUUUCUUAUUGGCUAAUUAACUGUAUACAAUUUAACUUUGAUCUAUAUAAAUAUAAGAUAGAAAGUAGUAAUAAUUUUGACAAAAAUAUUAUUGUAAAUGUAAAUCUUAGAGAGCAGUUAUUUAUAUCUUACAGUCCUGUUCCCGAUAUCCUAUCAAAGCAACAUUCUUUCAAGAACUUAAAAGAAAAAGCUACUGAAUCAAGAGCACUAUAUAAUAUACGUAAAAUGAUGUUAGUUGGUGAAGAAAGAAGAGUAGAUGCAAUUAAUAAAUUAAGUGAAAAAAUUGAAGAACAUAACAAAAUUCAACGAGAAAGAAAUGAUAUUUUGAAAUGUUUAAUUUCUUUACAAAAGAAUGUACGUAAAAAAUGAUCAAUAAAAUAUAGAAUAUAUAAGCAUAUACAAAUAUAGAUAUAAUAUAAAAAUAACAAUUUCUAAUUUUCUAAAAUAUAGAAAAAUAUAAGGAUAUAUAAAUAUAGAUAUAACAGAUAAAAUAAAAUAGAAUAUAAAUGAUAAGGAUAAAUAAAUAAGAUGUAUUUUGAUUUAUUUAGUUUGAUUUAAUUUAAUUUAACCUAGAUUCGCUCAACAAUUCGCCUACGCUUUUCAACGGCUUCUAUAAUUACAUUAUAAUUUGAUAUUGAUCUGCAUUUGUUCUUUUUGGUGUUAUUUUUUAUAUUUUUAUACGACUGUUUUAAAUUCCUCAUUUUGUUGUCUAAGAUAGCUUCAUUGACACUGUAACCUUUAAUUUUUAAUUCCUCUAUAAUCUCCAUAACAACUUUUUAAUUUUAGAGUUAUAAAAUUUAUUCUUCCUAUCAUUAUAUUUUUAUAAAUGUAACUUGAUAA